CGAUCGUCUUCUUCUUACCGACUAUGGAGGCGCGUUUCACUCUUCCACAUGCAUGGGACUAAACUACGGGAGUUUAACGAUCAAGUUUCAUGUUCCAAUGUAGAUCCGUGCAGGCAGCGGAACAACAGUUCUCCCAAGGAAGAAUGCCAGCUCCUGAGCAGAGCCCAGUGACGGAGGAGGGGCUUCUGCUGACCAUCCGCGACAGUUCAACUCGCCGCAACAUGGAUGCCGACAACACCGCCAACAACAUCCUGGCGUCCGUCAAAGAACAGGAGCUCCAGUUUGAGCGGCUAACCAGGGAGCUGGAAGUGGAGAGGCAGAUUGUGGCCAAUCAGCUGGAAAGAUGCAGACUCGGGGCGGAGUCGCCAGGCGCUGGUAGCAGCAGCUCGUCUGAGAAGUCCCUGCCUUGGAGAACUGCAGAUGCCUCCGCCUUGGGGGACACCAAGUCUCGGGUGACUGACAGCUCACAGUCGCCCAGCUACCGCAUCAGGACUGAGUCAGAGCAGGUGUCUCUGUACUCCCCGGAGCAGUCCUCCCUCCAUGAAACCUUUUUCUGUCACGCUCUUUCAGGAUCCGCGGUGAAUUCACGAAGCUCAACUCAGAUGAACUCGUACUCAGACAGUGGCUACCAGGAUGCCAGCAGCGGUUACCUCAACAGCCAGAACCUGGGCAAGGCUGAGCUGAGGAUGCAGCAUUCCUUCCCUGGCACCGGAACUGGUACCAUGGGAAGGAAUACCAGGGCCGAAGGCCAGGCUUCAGCCCAGGCUCCAGCAGUCACAGCAGCAGUGCCGGGUCGUGCUAUGCGGAGGGUAAGCUCAGUGCCUUCUCGCUCUCACUCGCCAGCCUAUGCCAGCAGUAUGUCACCCUCCCGCGGCUCCCUGCGUACCUCAGGUGGCAGUGCCUACGGCUCCCCCAUUGUAACUGAACCCAAACCCCUCUCCAGCAUCUUCUCUACAACCUUGCCCUCGGCCCAGCGCACCAGUAACACCGGCGGGGGUGGCAACAGCCCACCCUACUCCACGCAGAAAAACUCCCCCGCUGCGCUGCGACGCAUGGGCUCCACGAACUCUCGCUCAGGCAGUGCCAGCCGUACAACCUCGCCGUAUCAGGCCUCUGCGGGGUCAACAUCAGGCCGCAUGGGCUCGCCUCUGACAAUGGUGGAGAGCAUCAACCCUCCACUGACUAAGCAGCCUACCCACUCGUCGUCUCCAGUAAGGGCUAGUAUGACCGCUGUGCCCCAGCACUACAGCUCUACUCUGCCGCGCUCCAUGCUCCACAACACUGACCCCUAUGGACCCCAGAGUUACGACAUUUACGAGAGGAUGACGCGACCUGACAGCCUCACAGGAAUACGGAGCUCAUACGCCAGUCAACACAGCCAGCUGGGCCAGGACUUAAGGUCAGCCAUGUCCCCAGACCGCCACAUUGCACCAAUCUACGAGGAUCGGACGUUCCAGGGCCCUUUGUACCGUAGCCCCAGCCACACCCAGCAGGGCACCCUCUACAGGAGCACGUCAGGUGUGGGGAGUCUCCAGCGGACACCCAGCCAGCGGAGUACCAUGAUCUACCAAAGAAACAACUAUGCUCUUAACACAGCAGCCACCUAUGCUGAUCCGUAUCGCUCAGCACAGUACCGGCCCUCCGAUCCCAACUGCGCUCGUCAGGCUGUUGUCGUGGAUGAUGGUGCUACCCGCUCACCCUCUAUAGACAGCAUCCAAAAAGAUCCCAGGGAGUUCGCUUGGCGUGACCCAGAGCUGACAGAGGUGAUUCACAUGCUGCAGCACCACUUUCCCUCGGUGCAGGCCAACGCAGCGGCCUUCCUGCAGCACCUGUGCUUUGGCGAUAAUCGAGUUAAGUCUGAGGUGUGUCGACUGGGAGGAAUUAAACAUCUGGUGGACCUGCUAGACCACAAGGUCCUUGAGGUCCAGAAGAACUCUUGUGGUGCUCUGAGGAACCUCGUUUAUGGGAAAGCUAUGGAUGAGAACAAGAUCGCUGUGAGGAACGCAGGAGGUAUCCCAGCUCUGCUCCGCCUGCUGAGAAAAACUGUAGAUGCAGAAGUGCGGGAGCUUGUCACAGGGGUGCUGUGGAACCUGUCGUCAUGUGACGCCGUCAAGAUGACAAUCAUUCGGGACGCCUUAACGACUGUAACCAACACUGUGAUCAUCCCUCACUCUGGAUGGAGCAGCUCCACCUUUGAUGACGACCACAAGCUGAAGUUCCACUCCUCCCUGGUGCUGAGGAACACCACAGGCUGCCUGAGGAACCUGAGUUCAGCUGGUGAGGAGGCCAGAAAACAGAUGCGGGUUUGUGAGGGCCUGGUUGACUCACUACUCUACGUCAUCAAAGCCUGUGUUAACACCUCUGACUUCGACAGCAAGAUUGUGGAGAACUGUAUUUGCACUCUAAGGAACCUGUCAUAUCGUCUGGAGCUGGAGCUGCCGCCAUCCCGGCAGAUAGGGGGGGAGGAGCUAGACGGCUUACUAGAGAAGGAGUCGCCCAGAAAAGAGGGGGGGGGGGGGGGGAGAAAAAAAAAAAAGAGCUUGCAGGAAGACACCUGGGACGGUGUGGGACCCAUCCCCGGCUUCUCCAAGUCUCCCAAGGGGGCAGAGAUGCUAUGGCACCCCUCGGUGGUUAAGCCUUACUUGACACUGCUGGCUGAGAGCUCAAAUCCUGCCACUCUCGAGGGCGCCGCUGGGUCACUUCAGAACCUGUCAGCCGGCAACUGGAAGUUUGCAGCAUACAUUCGUGCAGCAGUGCGUAAGGAAAAGGGUCUGCCCAUCCUAGUGGAGCUGCUGCGGAUGGAUAACGACAGGGUGGUGUGUUCAGUUGCCACUGCUCUGAGAAACAUGGCGCUGGAUGUCAGGAACAAGGAGCUCAUAGGGAAGUAUGCGAUGAGGGACCUGGUCAAUCGUCUCCCCGGGGGAAACACCACCCUGCUGUCAGACGAGACGGUGGCGGCCAUCUGUUGCACCCUGCACGAGGUCACCAGCAAAAACAUGGAGAACGCCAAGGCCUUGGCUGACACGGGCGGCAUUGAGAAGCUGGUCAACAUCACCAAGGGCAGAGGAGACAGGUACUCUAUGAAGGUGGUAAAAGCAGCUGCUCAAGUGCUGAACACACUGUGGCAGUACCGGGAUCUGCGAACCAUCUAUAAGAAAGAUGGAUGGAGCCAAAACCAUUUCCUCACUCCAGUGUCAACACUUGAACGGGACAGGUUUAAGUCCCAGCCCACCCUCCCCACCAGCACCAUUCAGAUGUCCCCAGUCAACCACCCUGCUGUCAGUGCCACGUCGUCUCCUGCCAUGCUGGGCAUCAAAGAGCAUAGAGACACUAUCAGAGAUUACCAGAGAGCACAGUCAACUAUGCAAUUUUAUAAUUACCAAGGGGACAACAGUAUCCAUAAAAAGCAGUAUACAGGGUCUGGAAAACCUUCUCCAUAUUAUUACUCAUCCCCCACAAGAGAGGAGCCCCGAAGAACACAGCCUGUGUAUUAUACAGAGGAGCCUGGCAGGAGGAACUACGACACGUACAGAAUGUACCUGCAGCAUCCCCACGGCUACGACGACCCUUACUUGGAGGAGGUCAUCACCUACCCGCCCACAGUCGACUACAGCUCCCAGCCUCACGGACUGAAAUCAACCACCAACUAUGUGGACUUUUACGCUAGCACGCGGAGGCCGUCCUACAGGGCGGAGCAGUACCCUGGCUCUCCUGACUCCUGGGUAUAGGCCUGGAGCCACUCCUGAGGGGCGUCUCCUCCCCUCAGCCGAGGCGAGGAGCCCGGGGAGCACACAAGAACCGACAAAAAAAAAAAUAACGUUUUCAUGAACUUGGCUUCAUAAGUGUGUUUGUUUUAAAGUGAAUGCCUGUGUGUGUGAAGGAUGAAUUCAACUGAGCGAUAGCAGAUGGAAAGAUGGAAUGUGUGCCAAAGAAGGAAAUCAAGGAAUGUUUUUGUUUUUUUAAUAUUAUUUUUAAAUUUAGUAGAGGAAGAUGGAAUCAUGCUGGGGAUCUGUUGAGGGACGGGACCAUACGCUACAGCGAGGAGACGUGCGUCCUGCUCUGUCUAGAUGUUAGUUUUAUUUUCUUUAUGAAACUCUUAGCUGUGAUAGCAUGGUGAAAGGUGCGAGUCAUGUGAGCGAGGGUCGGUGGUAAGAGUCAAGAUGGGGAAUGUGUAUGUGCUGAAGCCAAAAUGGAUCAUGGACUCAUAUUCGUUAAAAAAAUGAAUAAAUAAAUAAUAGUAAACUAAUGAUGUUAGAUUGUACAGAGGGAUCAAAUUGUAUCUGUACUUUAUGUUGAAGCUGUGUAAUGCCAUGGAGUCUUGUACAUUUAUUUCAUUUUAUUGUAAAUACUGAAAAAAAAAAAACAUGUUACCUGGUUUACACUCAUCAGCACUGGUUUAAAAAAAAAAAGAAACGUGCCAUGUCAAAUCUCUAUAGAUAUAUAAAUAUAUGAAGAAAUAUGUGGACAAAGAUGGCAUCAUAACACAACCAUGCUAAAAUAAUAAAAGGUCAGUUUUGUUUUUUAAA